AUGCUGGACAACAACGCGAGCUGCCCGGAUUGCCGCUUCCACCCUGAGGCGCGCCACUCCCUGGCGGCCGUGCUCAUCUUCACGAUCGUCGUGGACAUCCUGGGGAACGUCUUGGUGAUCAUGUCUGUGCUGAGGAACCGCAAGCUGCGCAACGCCGGCAAUAUCUUUGUGGUCAGCCUGUCUGUGGCAGACCUUGUGGUGGCUGUCUAUCCCUACCCUCUUAUAUUGACCGCCAUCUUCCACAAUGAAUGGACCAUGGGCAACAUCCACUGCCAGAUCAGCGGCUUCCUCAUGGGCCUCAGCGUGAUUGGCUCAAUCUUCAACAUCACAGCCAUCGCCAUCAACAGGUACUGCUACAUUUGCCACAGCCUCCGGUACGACAAGCUCUUCAACCUGAAGAACACCUGCGGCUAUCUUUGCCUGACGUGGCUGCUGACCUUGGUGGCUAUCCUGCCAAACUUUUUCGUGGGCUCCCUGCAGUAUGACCAGAGGAUUUAUUCCUGCACUUUCGCUCAGACGGUGAGCAUGUCAUACACCAUCACUGUGGUGGUGGUCCAUUUCAUCAUCCCUCUCUCCAUCGUGACCUUCUGCUACCUUCGGAUCUGGAUCCUCGUGAUUCAGGUCAAGCACCGGGUGAGGCAAGACUGCAAGCAGAAAGUGCGCACGGCUGACGUGCGGAACUUCCUGACCAUGUUUGUGGUCUUUGUCCUGUUUGCAGUGUGCUGGGGGCCAUUAAACUUCAUCGGCCUGGCGGUCUCCAUCAACCCUUCGAAGAUCAUCCCGCAGAUUCCAGAGUGGCUUUUUGUGGUGAGCUACUUCAUGGCUUACUUUAACAGCUGCCUCAAUGCCGUGAUAUACGGCCUUCUUAACCAGAAUUUCCGGAAGGAGUACAAGAGAAUCCUCCUUGGCCUCUGGUCUCCACGCCUGCUCUUUGUCGAUGGCUCAAAAGGUGGGACGGAGGGGGUUAAAAGCAAGCCAUCCCCGGCCGCAACAAACAACAACCAGGCUGAAAUCUUAUUGUAA